AUGGUGCGGUGGCACGUGCCGGGUCUGUCGACCAGCAGCGGCUCGAGCAUAGAUGGCGUCGCGGUGAAAGGCGACACGGCAAAGCUGCAAAAGCUUCUCAGAAAGGGCGCGGACGUGAAUGCGCGUGCGCGUGAGCCGGUGCUGGUGGGACGGCGCCCGCUGCAUGCUGCCGUGGCCGCAGGAAACGAGGCCAUGGUCGAGGCGCUUCUUGCUGCGCGUGCUGACGUGGACGGAAAAGACGAUUUCGGUCGCACGCCCCUUCACUACCUGGCGGCUAGUCCGACCCCCCGUCUGGGCAUCCUUUCGAAUCUGCUCAAUGCCGGCACCGACUACGCCAUCCGAGACAGGAGUGACAGCAUGCCCAUCCACGUGGCGAUGGCAGGAGGCCACGUGGCAGUGCAGGAGGCGCUGACGGCGUUCGCGUUGGAGCACAGUGCGGAGUUUGCCUUCUACGAGUCGGGGCAGUGGCGCCCCUUCAACAGCGACGCAUCGCGCCUGCUGGGCUUUGAGCUCGCGGAGGGCGUUGGCUUCGCUGCCCUCGCCACGGCCACCGGCGCGCACUACAUCGUUGACUUCCAGCAACAGCUGCAGUUCAACGUGUCGUCCUUCUUCUGCAAGUCCAUCAGCUGGCGAGUGCUGCCCAGCGGUCGCUGGAACCGUCCUCCCAACCCACACCAGGGGCUGCACCCGGGCAGCCAGGACCCGCGCCUCAUGUACCGCUACGACCAGCAGCUGCGCUCCCUCGCCCAAUCCGGUGUCGACAUUUGCCCCGUCUACUUCUCCCUCACUGGCCUUCCCCCACACCCCCUGCUCUCACAACCGGCGCCCAGCGCUCAGUUUGUCUCGCACCUCUCCUCGUCGCCGCGCCGAGAUGGAGAGCAUGGUGAUGGUGGUGAUGGUGAUCAGGAUGAUGGUGCUGAUGGUGAUGCGCAACGGCCGUCUACUUCCUCUGCUGGAGUGGCUGCAGCUGCCGCUGCCCUCCCCGCUGCUCUACACAUGUCUGAUGACCUCUCCAGUGAUGUCCCCGACUCCGAACCAAACACCCCUUUGGUCCGGCGCCAACCAGGGGAACGUGCAGCUGCUGGUUCGGAUGACGACGAGCUGCCGAGGCUGCAGGCACUGAGGUCCGGCACAGAUGAGUACGACGAGAUUGUGGCUCGGUUCGUGGCUGGGAUGCUACGGGACAGGAAUGACCGCCCGAACAGCAGCUUCCGGCAGAACAGUGUGAGUGGAGGGGUGGUGGAGCAGGAGGAUGGCAUGAGGCCAGUGACAGUGUCGUCAGUGCAGCAGGUGCUGCUGCCUGCUUCCCGCACACAAUCCUUUGACGAAGCUGUGAGAGAACUCAAGGAAGCAAGGGGGGGCGAUGGCAAUGUGCGGCUGGCAUGGCACGGGGCCCCUCGUAUGGCAGUGGAUCGCAUAGUGUCGAGCGGUUUCUCCCUCUCCUCCUCCGCUGCUGCCCGCAACGGCAGGCUGUAUGGGGAUGGGGUGUACCUGGCGCCAGAGCAGAGGGCCUACACGAGUGCAGAGUUUGCGGUAGCGGAUAGCGAGGGGCGCAAGCGCAUGCUGCUGUGCCGUGUGGCGCUUGGGUCGAUGGAGGCGAUUCCGUUUGGGUCGUCCCAGCAACGGCCUAGCAGUCUUCGGUUUGACACGGGAGCUGACAAUGUCAAUGACCCUUCGCGCUAUGUGGUGUGGGAAGAGGAUGUGAAUGACUUGCUAACGACAAAUGCUGCACGUGGUGGUGGUGGCAGUACGCUGAGGGCGACAGAUUUGGUGGAGGUAGAAAAGGGGUUGCAGGAUGGUCGUGCGGACUACGUAUCUGUCUCGGCCGUUAAAUCCGCUUCCGCUCUUCUCGGGUCCGCUCAUGUCCCCGCCCACUACUCACUCAGCUCUCGCUCCGCCACUGCGGAGGUCACGAGCUCGAUAGUUACGCCGUCCGCCGCGGAAGAGUUGCGGAGCGGGAAGAGAAUGCGGACGGAAACCGGCGCAGUUGACGCGGCGUGGGGGGAAGGCGCGGUAGGCCCGGCGACGCCGGAGAACGCGGGGUCGGAUUCGUCCGCGGCGGGCGGCGCGUGGGACGUUAGCAACGUGCAGAUAUCGCAGCUGCUGCAGGAAAUGGACAUGUUCUUUCCGCCCGACGACGACGACCUCAGCGCCUUCGCGCUCGCCUUCGACGACGACGACCUCAGCGCCUUCGCGCUCGCCUUCGACGACGACCCGCUCGACGCCACCGCCGCCGCCAACGCCAUCGCCGCCGCGAAUGGCGCGGCGCCUGCGUUUCCCGCGCAGGACUCCAUAGGGGAGAUUCUGAACGGUCUCUCGUCUGCCGGCCCACCGUGUGCCGAUUUGCCGGCUGUUGCUCCUGCCGUGCCGGCCGUUAGCGUUCCGGCCGUUAACUUGCCGGGCGACCCGGUGGCCGACGUGCAUGCCAUGCGCCGCGCAGACUCCGCGGACAGCGCGGGGGUCACUCCGCAGAGCCUGUCAGGGCUGGAUAGUCCGCAUAGCAGCUUAACCGCGGGGGGAGCGGGCGGAAGCACUGGCGGAAGCACCGGAGGCAUGCAGACGCUGACGUCAUUUGAGAGUGCGGAGCUGCGGGGGGACUUUUCGCGCGUUUGCUGGGUUGGGGAAGCGGAGAGGCCCGCGGAGGGGGAGGCGGCUGUGCAAGAAAUGGGAGCGGGACAAAUAGGGGAAACUGCUGUUGCGGGGAGCGUGGGAAACGGGAAAAGUAUGGGCGGGUGGCGCGAGCAAGUACCUGCCACGUCAGCGUUGUCAGGGGGAAACGAUGGCGGGGGGGAUAAUGGCGCAAGCGGAAACGGCAGCAAGGGGGGCGCGAUUCCGGGCGCGCGGUCGCUGAGUCUGGGGAGCCAGUUCCGUCAAAAGCAGAUUCUGCAGACGCUCUCCUCUCCGCCCACCGCCCCACAGGCGAUGCAGUCGCAGGUGCAGCAGCAGCCUCAGCCGCAGCAGCCGCCGCAGCAGGCGGUGGUGCGUCCCGCAGGCGCAAUGCGUCCCCCCAUGCUGCCACCUCGGUAUUCCCAACAGCUGGCGCAACCGCCCAUGGCGCAGCAGGGGCAACCCCCCAUGGCACAGCAGGGGCAGCAGCAGGGCGCGCAGUCGUGGCAGGGCGGAGAGCAGCAGGGGGGAGGUGCGGGGGGAAGGGGAGGGGGAAGAGGGGGAGGGCUGCUGAGGGUGCCGUCGGACUAUCUGAGGCUGCUGGCGGAGAGUCAGGAAGGGGGGAAGCGCGCUCGGGGGGCGGAGAUAGCUUCUGCAAGCCUUCCCCAAGGAACGUCACCCGGCGAAGCAGCCACAGCUGGCCACACGCCUCUGGCUGCGCCCCUGCCUCCGCCCUUCCGCCCAGUGACGUCCCCCAUGGAGGUGGCGCUCAUGGAGUGUGCAGCGGCAGUUGACAGGCGCGACCUGGGGCAGGCGCACUCCCGCAUGUCCGCCCUCGCGCACCUCGUGUCACCGCACGGCACCGCACAGCAGCGCCUGGGGUACUACUUUCUGGAGGCGCUGGCUGCCAGGAUUGCCGGCACUGGGUCGGCUAUCUAUAAGGCGCUGCAAUCCCGGCAGGGCAGCCAGCCCGGGCCAUCCAGCAAGGCAAUGCUGUCUGCAGUAUUGGUGUUCUGCGAGGCAUGCCCGUGGAUCAACUUCGGGCACCUGGUGGCGAACGGCAGCAUACUGGAGGCAGUGGAGGGGGCGAGGAGGGUGCAUGUGAUCGACCUGGGCAUCACCCACGGCACGCAGUGGCCCACGCUGCUCGAGAGCCUCGCCACGCGCCCUGGCGGGCCCCCGCACCUGAGGAUCACGGGGGUGGAUGCGCCUCUCACCGGGCUCAAGCCUUCCUCGCUGGAGGAGACGGGGCGGCGGCUGUCGGCGUUUGCUCGGGUGAUAGGAGUGCCUUUUGAGUUCACGCCCAUCACGGAGCAGCUCGACGACCUCAAGCCGGAGCAUUUCGCAGUGAGGAGCGACGAGGUGCUGGUGGUGAACUGCCUGCUGCGGCUGCACCAGAUGCGCGAUGAGAGCAGCGCACCGCACGUGCCCAGCCAGCGCAACUGCACGCUCCAGAUGAUCCGCUCCCUCAACCCCGCCAUCGUCACUCUCAUUGAACAGCACGCGGAUCACAACAUCCCCUCCUUCCUAUCGCGCUUCCGAGAAGCCUUACACUACUUCAGUGCGCUGUACGAGUCGCUGGACGCCAGCCUGCCGUGGAACAGCACAGAGCGCGCGCUGGUGGAGGAGAGGAUAUUCGGGCGCAAGCUCGUCAACAUCAUCGCCUGUGAGGGGCGCGAGCGCGUGGAGCGGCAUGAGAGCCACGCCCGGUGGCAUGAGCGCAUGCAGCGCUGCGGGUUCGUGCCGCGCGCUGUCAGCGCUGACGUGGAGGAGAACGCGCAUCUGCUGCUGAAGCGGUACAGGGAGGGAUACGGCAUAGAGCGGCGCGGCGAUGCGCUCAUCAUCACUGGGUAG